UUCGUCCAACUCCGUCCCAGGGGACCUGCACGGAGGCUGCUCCUGUCCCGCCUCGGUCCGUCCUGGGCUCCACGAUGGCCGCGCUUCUCCUCAUCGGCAUGCUGAUGGCCCCGGGUGCGGGGAGCCACCCUCUGGACACCCCGCACCGUCCGCACGAGCUGCCUCCGGGACUCUCAAAAAACCUCAAUGCCACAUUCUUCAAUGGGAUGUUCAAAAAUGUGGAGAGCGCGACCGAAAUUUUUGACUGCCUGGGCUCCCACUUCACCUGGCUGCAGGCCGUCUUCACCAGCUUCCCCGCGCUGCUGCAGUUCGUGGGUGGCCUGCGGUGCGUGGCUGGCGUCUGCCCCCGGGACCUGGAGGACUAUGGCUGCGCCUGCCGGUUCGAGAUGGAAGGGCUGCCCGUGGACGAGUCGGACAGCUGCUGCUUCCAGCACCGCCGGUGCCACGAGGAGGCUGCUGAGAUGGACUGUAUCCAGGACUCCACCAGGGUGAGCACAGAUGUCAACUGCGCCAGCAAGAAGAUCACGUGUGAGUCCAGGGACCCUUGCGAGCACCUGCUGUGCACCUGCGACAAGGCGGCCAUCGAGUGCCUGGCCCAGGCCACCAUCAACUCCUCCCUGAACCUGCUGGACCCUGCCUUCUGCCUGGCGCCACCUGCGGUGGAACCUGUGGAGCCCACAGACGCCAGCCUGGUGGCCCUCUCAGGAGAAGUGUCUGCUGAUACCAGAGCUGACCAGCUGACCACGCCCCCCAGGACGAGUCAGCUGACCACUCGAUCCAGGACAAAACCACUCCAAGACCAGGAAGGCACCGAAGCUGUGAGGACCACAACCCCUCCAGGAUCCGCAGAAAUUGCUGCCACAGCUGGAGGCGUGACCGUGGUCCCCGCCGGCAUGAAAUCUCUGGGGCUGGCCGUGCCAUCUGUCGAAAGCGGUCCUGAGGAGACGACUGGGCCAGCCUGUGACAGGUCCACCUUCCUGCGCCUGGGAGCCAGGGAGGACACACAGGUGAUGCCACAGCUGGGGCAGAUGCUCUUCUGCCUGACAGCCCGGUGCCCCGAGGAGUUUGAAUCUUAUGGCUGCUACUGUGGGCAAGAAGGGCGAGGCGAACCCAGGGACGCCCUGGACAGGUGCUGCUGGUCCCACCACUGCUGCCUGCAGCAGGUGGGGAGGCUGGGCUGCUGGCGCGGGAGGCUUCCUCGGCCGCCGGUGGUGUGCACGGACGGUGCCCCCAAGUGUGUGGGCCAGAGCCUGUGCGAGAAGCUGCUCUGUGCCUGUGAGCAGACGGCGGCUGAGUGCAUGGCAUCGGCCUUCUUUAACCAGAGCCUCAAGUCGUCGGGCAGACAAGAGUGCCAGGGCCCCCAGCGCCCCUGCGAGGACGGAGGGCAAGGAGGGCUUCCGGCGUCCUCCCUGGGCUCCAGCUCCGAGGAGAACAGCGCGGAGGCCCUGCCCCCCACCGCACACCUGAGAACCAGGAGAUUUCUGGGGAGGUCACUUGGUCCCGUGGGAGCCAGGCCACAACCUGGCCCCAGAUAGAGCCCCGGAGAAAAUGCCAAGCACACCUGCUCCCAGGCGCCUUGGGGCCUGAGCCGCCUCUCGGUCCUCCUCUGAGCAGAGGCUGG